UCCUCCCAACUUGAGGGAAAAAGUGAGUGAGUGAGAGUGAAGGAGGAGGAAGCGUCUCCUUGGUUGUACCGGUCACUUCUCCGGUGUCUGUUCGGUGUGAAGCCUCCUCGGUUCCCUGUCGCCCCUCCCCGACAUGGAGCGCUGGAAGGGACGCGUGGCUCUGGUAACCGGGGCGUCGGUGGGGAUCGGUGCGGCCAUCGCCCGGACUCUGGUUCAGCACGGCAUGACGGUGGUGGGCUGUGCCCGGAGUGUGGACAAAAUCGAGAAACUAGCUGCUGAAUGCAAGAGUGCUGACUAUGCCGGUACCUUGGUUGCACACAAAUGUGACCUAACCAAUGAGGAGGAAAUCCUUUCCAUGUUUUCUGCCAUCAAAUCACAGUACCAAGGUGUGGAUGUGUGCAUCAACAAUGCAGGCCUGGCCCAUCCUGAACCAUUGUUGUCGGGAAAGACAGACCUUUGGAGGAACAUGAUUAAUGUUAACGUGAUAGCAAUGUCUAUCUGCACCAGAGAGGCCUACCAGUCGAUGAAAAUGCGAAAUGUUGAUGAUGGACACAUUAUUAACAUCAAUAGUAUGAGUGGCCACCGAGUGGUCCCAUCCUCAGCAACCCAUUUCUACGCAGCUACAAAGUUUGCAGUAACUGCCCUGACUGAGGGGUUAAGGCAAGAGCUUCGAGAAGCCCGGACGCACAUACGGGCCACGUCUGUAUCUCCAGGACUGGUGGAAACGGAGUUUGCAUUUAGACUUUAUAACAAUGAUCCAGAAAAAGCUGCAGCAACGUAUGAGAACCUUGAGUGUCUGAAAGCAGAGGAUUUGGCCAGUGCUGUUGUUUACAUCUUGAGUGCACCUUCUCAUGUUCAGAUUGGAGACAUUCAGAUGAGGCCUACUGAGCAGCAGACAUAGCAACCAUGGAAGGAGCAGCCACGGAUGUCUAUGAGCAAAAUAGAUUAUGGCACGAGACCUCUGCUGGACAGUUUUUUUUAAAAAAUGUGAUGCUAAGAGUUAUAUAAAGUCCUACUUCAUUUAGCCCUGUCGACCUGGUAGAAUUCAUCUUUCAUUCUCUGCAAGGAAAUUUUUGCCUGGGCUGAGAAGUCUGCUGUAGGAGCAGAGCAUAAUAGAAUUAUUUUAUUUCAAGAGAAACUUUAAUUUUAUUUUGGCUUUUGCUUCUGACGUGUUGCAGAUCAUUUUAGUGCCAACUAUAGCAGUAAAGGUGCAAAAAAAAUAUGAAGGAUGAUUGUGCUGCAUAUAUAUGUGGAGAAAAUGAUCCUUGAUCACCUAUCUUUCAGUCUUAUUGCACAAUUGUUUUACAUUAAACCAAGCUAACAGUUAUGUGACUUCUUAUGAUGUGCAUAUCUGUUGGUCUUCUCUCUGGUUUGCACUGAAAAUUCAUUGUACCAUUUGGUGAAAAUGUUAACUGUUUUGAAGGGAUUAUUUUACGGGAUAUAAUUGAUACCCAACUGUAAUAAGUAACCAAUCUCAUUGCUUGAUAGUGAUGACAUUAAUUCAUUUUAAUAUGUUUUCGUUGCUGCUUCAGUAUGAAUUAGAAUAACAUUAUGGACCAGGAAAUCCGCUUUUUAUAUAUAAUUUUUUAAAAAAGGAUAAGCCUAGAUCACAGAAUAAUAACAGGGAACUUAAUAUGAUCCAGAAUACCUUAAAGAUUUUUUUGUUGUCUUGAUCUUGAAUUUACUUUUAAUUCCCACUAUUCAAACUUUUUUUUUUCCUAAGUUUAUUCUGUUGAAAUGAGGCCUAUUUAUAGUAAUUGCACCUGGCUACUCUCUGACGUCCUUUCACUGCCUUGCAUAACAACCUUCACCAUUCUUUGAAACUAAAAGAUUCCUGUAACGUUUUGAUGUGAUUGAAAUCACGAACAACUGAACUGGAGUACUGUAAUUCUUGAAUAUGAUGUAAAAAUUCCUAAUCCUAGGUUUCUUUAUAACUUAAACAGUGUUGUGAUCUGUACAAUUAACAUGUUACAGAUUUGGCUAUUGAAGAAUUUAUAAUUCAAUUUAUUAUAAUCAUUCCAAGAAAUUGAAUAAUGCUCUGCUUCUUCUAAGGUUGCGUAAACUGUUGACUGCUUGAUGUUCAAAUUUUGCUGUCAGAUUACAGUAAGGUAGAUGUCUCUUUGAAGGUAAAGUCACCAUGGGAUAUAAGAUGAGGCAAAUAGAACCAUAGAACUUGGAACAGUGCGACACAAGAAUGAGCCUUUCAGCCCAUGAUGUUGUGCCAAACAUGGUGCUGAGUUAAACUAAUCUCUUCUGCCUGCCCUUGAUCCAUAUCUCUCUAUUCCUUGCCUAUUCAUAUGCUAAUCUAAAAGCCCCUUAAACACCCCUAUCGUAUCUGCCUCCUUCAUCACCCUGAUGACAUUUUCCAGACACCUGUCGCUGUUUAAAAACUUGCCCAUCAUUUCUUUGAACUCUUCCCACCUCAAAUCUCUGACCUUAGGUGGUGACUUGUUCUCCAUAUACGUACAUCCUGUUUAGUGUUUACCCAAUAAAUAACCAUCACUGUUCCCUUGUUCUAUUUGAUCAUGGGCAUCUCUGCCAGACUUUAUUAGAUGAUAACUGAAAAGUUAACAUCGUUCCACUCUUGACAGACCUGCUGAGAAUUUCUAGAAUUUUCUUUCUUCUUUUAAAUUAAAUCCAUGUUUCUAAUAACCAAACACAACAAAUUAAUUUUCAUGUAAUCAAGAGCAAUUUAUCAUAACGCAGUGCACACCUGUGUUUAGUUAAUAAUAAAUACAUGUAACCUUAUCUGGGUGGUCAUUUUGAAAUGACAGCUAUUGGAUAUAUACUACCACAUCAGAAAAUAGUUUUAUUUUGUGAUUUAAAUAAAUCAGUGGCAAGUCCCAUUUGCCUCAACAGGAUAAGAAUUGCAAGAUGCUUCUGAAAAAACGCAAACUGAACUUAAGAUUUCUCUCUGUGGUAUCGCCACCAUUAUAACAAUGCAAUUUAACUAUUAAAGAAUGCACUCUGAAUAGAUUAUGCUCAUUGAGCUUCUUUGAUAGACCAGACACUUUUUAGAAGUUGACAGCUAAUCCAUUUCUUGCAUCUGAUGCCAAAUGGCCUGAAAGUCGCAUCAGACUUUUGGUAUAAGAUGAUCCUGAAACUUUAAGUGAAUUGUCAUAUACUUUGAGGUGUUUAGUUUGGCAUUUAAUUCAUGUGUGAAAUUUUGACACCGUUUUGCCGCCUCCUACUCAACUGGUAUAUUUGACUUAACAUUGAUCAUUUUUAAAGGGAUAUGCUCACUCUUCGGUAAAGUAUACUGUAGAUUUCCUAGUUCAAGCUGCUGAUUUUUCUUUUCCUCUGCUAAAUUGCUAGAUUUUUUUUUGUUGUGCUUCCUCAUCUCUCGAAGGUGAGUGUGCUGGGGGGAGAUGAAAGAAGAACGAGAAGCAGAGAGCAGGUGAGAGAAAAAAUGUAAAAGAAAUUUUGCUCGGGCUCCUGCUAUAGGAUGUUACCCAGUCACCCUUACAAAUUAAAUACAAAUGUGUGAAGUUAGGUGAGGAUUGGAUUGGAUGUUGAUUGAAUAACCUACCACAGUUGUAGGCUCUUGCCGGGAACCUUUUUUGUUUCUUUCAAGUGAGCAUUCUUCAGUUGUGUACAGGAAAGCUUUUUAAUUGUGAUGUUGCUCACUCAUCUCAAAUUUAUGGGGUGGUGUUACGGGUUUUAAAACCCCAGUUGGUAUUUCUGACUUUCUCACAUUGAUAUUGUAGGAAAACUACUGAAGCCUAUAAAAUUGUUGGUAGCCACUUCUCCGUUUUGUAAGCAUGUUCGGCAGCUUAUUCCUGAAUAAUAUAAAUAUAUUAAAUAAGAAGAACUAUGAAGAUUGGGCUGUUAAAAGGCAAUGGCCCAAUACUGCUGGGAUUCCUUCAUGUAUAAUGGAUAUGUCCUUUGCAGCUACCCAUUUUUCCAAAUUUGUUUCCAGGUUUUCAAUAGCUUAAAGAACAUGUUCCCCUUUAAUGCUGAGCCAUACUUGUGUGCCCUGUGACAACAAAAACAGUACUGUUUUUGAAUAAUACAAUAAAGAAAGUAGUUAAUUUGAAGGAUAAUUUGUAAUGUGUUGUCUCCUUAGAAAAUAAUAUUUGUAAAUCCACAGUUUGUGCAGAAUUUAUUUUCAUCUUUUUGUUUCUGUAGCCUUUGCAAUCUAACAUGAAAGUUGAGUUUUGCAAUGCAGUUGUAAACAUUGCUGUGAAGUCUUUGUCAGCCAGUACUAUGUUCAGUACUACUUGCUGUUAAUAUCCUCGCAGAUGCCGUUGUUGUACAACUUAAUAUUAAAAUGAUAUUUGUGUUAGUUGCUGGAACCCGCUGCCUAAACGGGAAAAGGUGUGAAGUUCUGGUGUGUAAAUUAUCACUGCUAUGCAAAGCAGAACUCUAGUUAAAUGUUCUCUCCUAUGAUCACUUGUCUAACUGCUGAUAUUGGAUUGUUGAAUACUCCAAGUUCAUUAUGAUGGAAAUUGGGAUGAGUGUCACGUACCAGGACUGGAAUUUUCAGGUAGUUUGGGCAUCUUCCAGAUGAGGUUUAGUAGUCCAAGUGGUGUGAUCACGUGCCAGUUAACGACUUUAACUUGUUUGUCAUGGUGAUUGCAUUUUCAAAGUCGGUUGAUACUGACUCAGCUUAUAAUUGCAUUUAAAAUUUGGAGUUGACUGUUUGGCAUUAAAAGGGCUAGCUAUGUUUUAAGCAAAUGGCUUAACAGGCUAGGAGCAUGCAAAGUUUGAAGUCACUUCUAUUGCCGUGAUGCUGUGCGACACACACCUUUAUCUACUGUCAUCUGACAUGCACAAGUAGAUCAGUUUAUCUUUUAAAAUUCCCAUUUGUGGAUGAAUGAUUAAUUGUAUUUACUGAAUCUUUUCAUAAUGUUGAAAUAAAAUGUGUCAUAAAGCAAAUUUAAUAAUCUGUGCUCAGAGUCUGAAGUGAUCAAGCAAGCUUCAUAGCAGGACAAUAUUUUGUACUUAUUAAAACCCUUUAGCAUGCUGUCUUUUAAAGCAGAAUGUCAGUUUAUUUAAGGUACACAUUUUGGUAAUUUGCUCAAUGUUGUGAGCUACUUUUUAAGAUGCAUAAUUGUAAUCUUAUGUAUCUUCCAAAUGACCUUUUUUAACAAAUUGUUGUGUAAGAUUGUUUGGAUUGAAAGAGCUACUUCUCAUGAUUUGUAAAAGCCAGUAAAGUACUACAAAUCACCAACUUAUCUGUCCAUAUUUUCAAAGACAUUCGAACCUCCACGCCCUGCACUUGUGUUCUUCAAGACUAUAAUGUUUCUCCUCCAAUAUUUUAUAAGCCUGCUGUCCACAUUGAGUAUCAUUACCUAAAUGAAUCUUAAUAAACUGUUUAUUUCUAUUGGAAUCUAGAUACAGUAUCUUAUCAGGCUAUUUUUUGUCGUCACAUUAUCCAAGAUCUGAUAUAUAUUCUUCGUGGCGAUUAGCAUUGCGUCUAUAUCAAACCUUUUUUAAAAGUCCAUUUUCAUUGGUUAAUUUUUUUGAAGUUGUAAAAGAUGGAACUGGAGUAGAAUUGAGAAAUGAAUGCCCAAUCCUGUAUGUAGACAGAGGGCAAUGUACAUUUCCACCCAGAAAUGUUCCAGAAUUUAAUGUGUUGCUGUUAAUAACAGGUUAAGCAUCAGACUUUUAUUUUUAAGUUGUUGAGCUGUACAGAUUUGAGGUGAACUGUUGGACCUUUUCAAUAUGGGAACUGAUUUCAAGUAGGCUUGAAUUUUCCAACUACACACCACUGUUUGUACUGUUUCUGCAAAAGUUAACCAAUGCUGCUAAAUUAACAACAAAUAUUGUUAAAUCUUUCUUGAAUUGUGAUAUAAUAAAUAACUCCUUCGCAAUGAA